GACGUUCGCAAACUCUCUCUAUCAUCCGUAGUACUCGCAUACGCAUUCGAUGCACCAUACAACGCAGCGAUUCUCGAUAAAUCAAGCAGUACAUAGUAAGAGAUGAACUAUCGAAAAUACAACACGCAUUAGACAAAGAUAGUAAGAGACGGAUGAAACUUAAUACACAAAAACGGUAGAGUGAGGUGUUUUGUGCAGUGGGUAUUUUGUGUAAACUGUAACUCUAAUUUUCCUAAACAAUGCAAUAGAUAAAAGGCUGCCGUUUUAGUACGUUAUUUGUCGUUUGAAUACGCAUUAGAAAUUUCAAACCGAUCGGACGUUUCAUGCGUAUUUUACAAGCAGUAGUUUGUUUUGUGGCACCGCAGAUUUAUUCUUCUGCAAAAUAUGUCGCUACUUUUGCCAAGUAUCUCGUUGUUAUUUUCCAUAAUCUGUAUAUUGUGCGUCGUCAUUGGAAUGUUUACUAUCAAGAAAUAUUGUGCAUUGCGAAAAAUAUUCAGUAUUUUUGCCACAGAGCGGGAUUUAUGACAGAUGGGCAUUAGAGAUGUUUUGUGCAACAUAACAAAGCAUUAUGUGAGGUAAUUCUUGGGAAAAUAUUAACACUGUUGAAUCAAGAUUGAGACAAGUUACUGAAACAAGAUAAAUGGCUUGAAUUUCUCAAGAAAAGACUGACUUAAUUGAUUACGAGAAUUCGGAUUGCGUAACAUCUGCCCAAAUUAUGGAUAUCAUAGCUGGCGUGAAUAAUCCCAGACCGUCUGCUGACUUCGAUAAAGGAAACGUAGAAUGGUUGGAAAAAAUAUUUAAGCAAACCGUUGGAAACAAGGAGGAAAUAUGCCUCGAAGAAUUCAAAACAAUCGUCACAUCAAAGAACCCAUUCUUUAUCGAGAGAGUAUUUCAAAUAUUCGACAAAGACGACUCCGGCGCAAUAUCGCUUUCAGAAUUUUUAGACGCCAUGCAUCAAUUUGCUGGAAAAUCUCCGAAUGAUAAGAUUAAGUUCCUCUUCAGAGUUUAUGAUAUCGAUGGUGAUGGCUUAAUACAAUUUUACGAGCUGGAGCAUGUAAUGAGAGCUUGUAUGGAAGAAAAUGGUUUGAAGUUCAGCGACGAGCAAAUCAAUAAACUAACAGUUGCACUCAUUGAAGACGCUGAUGAAGGCAACAAAGAAACGAUCACUUUUGAAGCUCUAAAAAAGCAGUUAGAGAAGCGAGAAGGACUGCUGGAAAAUCUCUCAACCAGCAUAGACCGAUGGUUGGUACCACCGCAGCCGAAGAUAAAGCAAAAAUCCGUUCCGGAGACUUUAUCGUCCUUUCUUCCGUAUCAAUUUACAAAACCAUACAUAAAGAACAAUUAUGUCUACAUUGCUUUUAUUUCGAUAUUCAUAUUUAUCAACGUCGCUCUUUUCGUCACCCGUCUCUACGAAUAUCGAAAUGAAAGUGCCUAUAUAAUGCUUGCGCGUGCAUGCGGGCAAUGUCUGAAUUUUGACUGCUCGUUCAUUCUGGUCUUGAUGUUACGCCAGUGCAUUACAUUUUUGCGAUCGCAUAGCUUCAAUUCUGUAGUGCCUCUAGAUCAUCAUAUAUAUCUUCAUAAAAUGACGGGGAUAUUGAUCGGAAUCUUUGGCACUGUACACACUCUGAUGCAUCUUAUUUACCGCGGUACGGUAAUAAUCAAAGACGAGAAGAUAAAUAGCAAAAAUUAUACCAUGUUCGAAAAGUUAUUAACGAGUCAACCCAGUCAACAAAAUUCGACCGAAAAAUUUGGUCUGGCGGCAGGCAGUGAAUAUCCGACUGGGGUACUUCUGCUUAUUAUACUCUUUAUUAUGAUUGUUUGUUCCAUGCCGUUUGUACGCCGUGGAGGUUGUUUUCAGAUAUUUCAUUGGUCCCACCUGCUAUACGUACCAUUCUGGAUUCUGAUGAUCUUCCAUGGCUCUAACUACUGGAAAUGGUUUAUCAUCCCAGGCAUUAUAUAUUUAGUAGAAAAGAUUCGUCGGCUAGUGUGGGUGCGUUCUGAGCAGCGAAAAACAUAUAUAAUUUCCGGUUUGAUUCGGCCUUCGAAGGUGAUUCGCCUGGUUAUCAAGAGACCACUUAAUUUUCAUUUUAAUCCCGGUGAUUAUGUGUUUAUUAAAAUUCCGGAGAUAGCAAGAUACGAAUGGCAUCCUUUUACAAUUAGCAGUGCUCCCGAACAAGAAGAUUAUAUAUCGCUGCAUAUUCGUGUAAAUGGUGAAUGGACCAAGAGUUUGUAUUCAUACUUUGAAGACGGGCAACAAAAACUUCAAUGUGAUGAUAUUUUGCCUGCCAAGAAUUGUGAUACUCCAGAAAAAAAACCUUUCCUCAGUGGUAAAAAGACAUCAUUUAUCAUGUUUCAAAAAGCUUUGACGGAAUCCAGGCCUCAUACUCACACUCCGGAUACGUUCGUUUCUGAUCUAUCGAAUGUCGUACCACCUUUGCGUGCAUCAAUUAAUAAUGAGUCAAUACAUUUAAGAAAUAUUACAGAAGUUACACCUACAUCAGUACAAAUUGCGGCGGAGGAAGGAAAAUUGAGUCAAGGGUUAAAUGAAGCUAUCGGUGGUUCGGAUAAUUUAGAUGUGAAAUCGACAGCCAACACUUCUUUUCAACCAAAUAUAAAUUAUCCUAUAGGUAAUCAAUUGGAGAUAUUUUUAGACGGUUCUUAUGGAGCACCGUCAAGUCACAUUUUCCGAGCGCAACAUGCUGUCCUGAUCGCCACAGGAAUCGGAGUUACACCCUUUGCCUCUAUAUUGCAAUCAAUUAUGUAUCGUUAUUGGGAAGCGAGACACACCUGUCCAAAAUGUUCUUUCUCUUGGAAUAGUAAAAUUCCGCAUACUGUAAUGAAUUUACGGAAGGUGGACUUCUUCUGGAUUAACCGUGACCAACGUUCGUUUGAAUGGUUUGUAAACUUACUGUCUCGCCUCGAAAUUGAACAGGCUGAGUUGGGCACCACCAUGGAACACUUCCUAGAGAUGCAUAUGUACAUCACAAGCGCAUUGCAAAAGAGCGACAUGAAAGCAGUUGGCUUACAAUUAGCACUAGAACUUUUGCACGAAAAGGAAAAACGAGACCUUGUCACAGGCUUGAAAACUAGAACGAAUGCGGGUCGCCCCAAUUGGAAUGAGGUAUUCAAGCAACUCCAGAAUAAGAACAAAGGAAAAGUUACAGUCUUCUUUUGUGGAAAAUCACACGAACUUACCAGGACUCUUCGACGUAAAUGCGAUGAAUUCGGAUUUCAUUUUAGAAAAGAAUCUUUCUGAUAUUUGAGAAAGAAACAAAUAUAAUAAUCAUUGUGUUGGAAAUUAUAUUGUGUAUGAAAAAUGUUAACAUAGAAGUUAAUAAUUGAUCGUGCAUACAUUUCUGUGUUAUUCCCACAAAUUAUAGAUGUAUGUAUAAUAUAAUUGUUCUUCAAUGUU